AUGUCCGGGGCUCCUGACGAUGGGCAGUACGUGCCCGCCAUGAAGCUGAUGUGGGAUGAGGUGGACAGACGUUUUGACCCCAAGUAUGUCCUUGGAGAAGCCGGCCACCAGUUUUGCCAAAGCUAUUCUGUCAGAGCUGCGCAUCCUGAAUUUCCUUACGCUUUGCAUGGUCUUUCUUUGAUGUGUGCUUUGGCGAAUGGCGCGCGGGUCGCCAUCUUUGCCACAGCACCGUCGCCUCUGACUUUGGUAGCGGUUAAUGUCAACUAUGCCCAGACCAGAAAGUCUUCCAUGACUGGACACGCAGAGGCUUUGGGGCAAGAGUUGGACACAGUCAUCUUGGAGAAUGCGAUGUCCAAGCUGCAGCAGGAAAGCUUUGAGGAGGGAGCGGCUCAAGUCCUGAGGUAUUUGAAGCCAAGAAUCGCUUCUGCGACUGUUGCCAGCGCCACACCGGAAGAAUGGUUUCACCGUUGCUCUGCUGACUGGAACCAAGUCCGCAACGCAGACAAGCUGCCAGGAGAUUGGUCUGGGCGUUGCUGGUACGGCUUGCUAGGCAACUUUGAUGAAGCCUACGACUUCUUGCUGAGCCUUGGCCUGUUGUCCGACUCAAAUGCAACAACGAGAGAGAAAUCAAAAAGCAAAGUCGACCCGUACCAGAGCGCGUUCAACAAGCUCUUGCAAUUUGGGUCUAGUGCUCGUGCCACCAAGACGGCAGGGAGCUACGGUGAGAACCCUGGUAAAACCAUAAGCUUGGGCAUCACUUGCAACAUGCACCCGGCCUUCUACAUCCCAAUGGAGCGGGGCGAGCUUGGAAGCCACGCAGCCUCCACCAAGGAAAGGUUCCUCAUCUCCACUGGCCGCCCUGUUCAACCACAUGAGGACAUCCCCGCAGACUUUUGCUUGCCGGAAGGAGUCUCGCCAUACAGGUGGGUCCCCCUCACUCCUGAGAUUGCAGACCUCAUUGGGGUUGCUAAAGAAGCAACAUCGCCAGACGCAGCUGCCCAAGAAUGGGCAGAAGCUGGGCUUGAAGACGAAGCCGCGGCCCAACUCACCCAAAAUGCUGCCGGUGAGUAUGUGCCGUCGGAAGACGGCUACCUUGUCAGGCUCUUAGAUGACAAGCUGACCCGCAUCCGCUUCAGGCGAUCAGAGGCAGCCCCAAACGGCUUUGAAGCAGAGUGGAGGGUAGCGAACCGAAACUUUGCAAUCCCGGAGGUGUGCCGUUUGAGAAAUUGCAUUGCUAGGGUGGCCACCUAUUUCGCAGCGCCACACCAAGUUAUCACUUUGACUUCGGAGGCUGAGUCAUGGCAUCUGUCUUACCAGGGAGCAAUGAAUGUCCAAAGCCACGUGGUUCGUGAUACUGGAGACAUCCAAGCUGGGGCUCGCUUCGGGGCGGCGCCUUGGCAAGUAGGGGUUUUAGCUGCUUUGCUCCUGGUCUUCGAAAUCUUUGUCGGCGCCCACUCCCCUGCAGCGCUGGAGGGGCGAGCUUUGCAGGUUACACCCGGGCACUUGCAGCGGGCGUACGCCUUGCUUCAAUUGGUGCAGCGUCUGAAGCACAUUGCCCUUGGAGAUGCAGCAGCCAGCCCAGACCUACCGCCGCCGCAGGAAGACGUCCGUGCGGAUGAUUUGGGCGCCUUGCGCAUCCCCUAUGUGCCUGAAGACUUUGCUUCGACCCAAGCUGGCGCAGGUAUUCCAGAGGUGGGCGAUGACGAAGAAGGUGACGAGGCUGCAGAAGAGUCGCCGGAGGAACAUGUGCCAGAACUGCCAGCACCAGUGGCCGUGAAACCUUUGACCCUGCAGGAUGUUCGAGCCAGUGAUUUUGGGUUUGGAGACAAUGGUGUCACUGUCCAGCCUGACGGCUUGCAUAGCCGGAAUUUCACCGAUAGAACUGUUUUGAAGCAGACCCUUCUUGCUGGCAAACCGAAGAUCACUAGGAAAGAGGCUUGUGACAAGAUGCGCUCUGAACGAGGGCAAGGACGCAAAGCGCUUCCCAAAGAAAAAUGGGUUGCUGUCAUGAGGGCUGCAGCUUCCCAAUUUCCCGACUUGCUCCGCCUUGACGGAGAGAUUUUGUGUUUGAAAAUGAUUCCCGACACUGCAGCAGGCAAGGUCGCGUACCACAACGACCUCAUGAGAGCUUGCCGUCUAAGCCUGCGGGAGUUGAUUGCUGCUAUGGACAAAGCAGCUGAGAAGAAGGAAGAGCGCCGUGCAAAGCGAGCCAGGGUGGAUGACUGA